GCUGUAUGUAGAUGUUUUGAAUUAACAGAGUUGAACCUUAUUGAUACUGAAAACUUGCCUCCAUCAGACCAGUUUUUAAAUUUGUACAUAAAUAUCUGACUUUUGAUUAUAAUGGCUGGUGAUCGAGGAUAUUCAGGUGGCGGUUUUGCCGGAAACAACUUCGAGGAGUAUGACGACGAGGAGUACUGUGAUAGAGCAGAUGAUGAUGAUGACGAUGAAGAGGAAGAUGAUGAUGAAGACGAUUAUAAAGAGGAAAAUGCUCGUCAGGAAACAGAAGAACAAGCACGAAUGCUACUUGAAAAAGCCAAGACAUCCAAGGUUGUUUUUGUCGUGCGAACGAAUGUUGCGUUUCAUGGGUCGGUGGUCGAUGAUUGCCCUGUUCCUGGAAUGGCUGUAAGCUUCCAAGUUAAAGAUUUUCUGCAUAUUAAAGAAAAAUUUAACAAUGAAUGGUGGAUUGGUCGGUUAGUGAAAGAAGGUUGUGAUGUUGGCUUUAUUCCGUCACCAGCGAAAUUGGAGGCUAUGCAAAAUUUCGGUGCUAGAGGUAUGAGCAAAAGUUCCACAGGUAAUUUUGAUAAUUCACGAACUGGAAAUUCAAGGCCAUCAACACCACCAGCUGAUGGUGCUGACACCAUUAACAGAAGUUAUGAUGAAGACAGUAAUCCCAGACGAGAAACACCAUCAGGCAAAGCUUCCGUCAGUGCAAGAGCUGGUCGUAAGCCGUUUUUUAAGAAAAGUGAUAAUUUACCUCCUUACGACGUCGUACCAUCUAUGCGUCCAGUAGUUCUAAUUGGUCCUUCUUUAAAAGGUUAUGAAGUAACUGACAUGAUGCAGAAAGCCUUGUUUGACUUUUUAAAACGGCGUUUUGAAGGAAGAAUUAUCAUAACUAGAGUGACGGCUGACAUAUCACUUGCUAAACGAUCCCUACUUAAUAACCCUACUAGAAGAGCUAUUAUGGAUAAAUCUUCUACAAGAAAUCAAUCUUUAGAGGUUCAACAGGAAAUCGAACGUAUAUUUGAUUUAGCUCGUACACAACAACUCGUCGUACUGGACUGUGAUACAAUUAAUCAUCCAAGUCAAUUAUCUAAAACAUCUCUUGCACCAAUUACAGUUUAUUUAAAAAUAAGUUCAACAAAAGUACUUCAACGUUUGAUUAAAACACGUGGUAAAUCUCAAGCGCGAAACAUGAAUGUUCAAAUGGUUGCAGCUGAAAAACUCUUGCAAUGUACUAAUGAUCAGUUUGAUGUGAUUUUAGAAGAAAACCAACUUCCAGAUGCCUGUGAACAUUUAGCUGAAUAUUUAGAAGCAUAUUGGAGAGCCAGUCAUCCAACUGGUAAAGUCACAAAAGCUGAACGUAUCCUUGGAAUUGGGACAGGUGCAAACUCAAAUCAGUCUGUUGAAAACGAGAUGUCACAUGGAACGCACCGACGUCAAAGUAAUGCAUUUAAAAAUGACAAAAGAAAAGGCAAAAUUGAUCAAGAUUAUAAUGGAUCUAGAGAUUAUUCAAAUUCAAUUUCUUCACCAAGACGAGGUUCAACUCAAUUCGAAAAUAAUAGACGACGUUAUGUGGAUGAACAAGAAUUACUUUCAGAUGAUGAUUAUCGUCACAAACCACAUAAUGAAGUACGGACUGUUUGGAAUAAUACUGAAAAGAAUAUUUAUUCGCCAUCUCAUGAACAUCGUUUAUCGCCUAAUCAGGCAUUGCAACACGACAGACAAAUGAAAGAAUCUAAUCGCAUAAAUCCUAUAUCUGUUGGAAUUCAUAACAGAUAUAAUCAUCAUCCACAAUAUGAUACUGAAGAAUCCGAUUCACCUUUGGAGAAUGAUCGCUUUCUUGUAGACUCAGGUUAUCCAAAAACUCGAAGUCGUCAAGGUUCAAUCAUGAUUUAAAUAAACUGUAAUUUUAUUUGCUUAGCAUAAUAAUAAUCAUAAUCAUAAAUGAAUAUCUUUACUGAUUAUUUUUUACUCUUCUACUUUAACAUUUAGUGUAACAUAAUGUAAAGUGACAUAGCAUAAUAAUACUUCAUACAUAUUAGUAAUAUUUUGUAUCACAUUAUUAUUCAAAUUUAUUCCCUUUAAUUGUUGCUUUUGUUUUCCUUUUAUUUUGUGAUUUUAUUUAUCGUUAAAGUUUACAUUCCUAAUAAGCUUUUUAUUAGUUUUUAACUACGCACAAUAUCCUUUAUUAUCAUUGAGAAUAUUAAUUAAGUUUAUUUGAGUAUUUUAUCUCUUUUUAUAAAGUAUAUCAUGUUCAAG